GUUUCAAGAAGUGUGAUUGGCUAUGAGGUUUAGCAAACAACCAAUCAUGUGGCCGGAUUAAGUUUCAAGACAUGUUAUCGUCCCGCCCCGGGCUCUUUUGCAAAUAUAAUGGCGGCGACCGUGAUGAGAGACUUGUGCAAAUGGUGCUUGAAAACUCCACGCUUUCACUCGGUCGCAGGCACCCCUCCCCCUCUUCAAGUCCUGAGGGAAAAAGUCGUCUGAUCCACGCCUGAGGGAACGCCCAAGGCAGAACGAUUUCUCCGCACAUCUGUUGUGACUAGAUAACGACAUGGCAGCUGCUACAGAUGCUAAACCACCGUUCGACGGCGAUCUAACCACUGACAGUGGCUUUCUCUCACAAAAUCCGCUCACAACUACACAACUGGACGUUACGGUUGAAGGGCUGAAAGAGGAAGAAAACUCCUCGGUAACAACGCCUGCAAAUACAGCUGGUGAUGUCGUUACCACAGAGAAUGGGGAUCCAGGGAUUGAAGAUCUUAAGAGUUCUAACGGCAAUGCAGGUCUUAAGGACACCAACACAAAGACCACAAGCCAUUUGCAUGGUGAAAGUUUGCAGACAGAAGCUCCAGGCACUGAGGACCAAAACUCAACACAACAGGAAGACAGUGGACUGGUGGAAAUGGCAAGCAGGGCCAGCAGUGACACAAUCUCACAGACAGGAAGUGAACCUAAGGAGGAUGUAACGUUGCAACAAGAUGGAGGGCUUGGGAAAACGGAAGGUCAGAAGUCGCUUCCUGAAGACGUUGGUAAAACAAGAAGCCCAAGAUUAUCCGGUAGCCCUUGGGACAACAGGACAAGUCCGUUAAGUUUUGAUCAACAUUCUCCUGUCACUCCGUGGCCGCUGGAAACCAUGAGCGUUUACGUAGACAAGAUGAGUGAAUAUGAAGGGGAGGGGAGGAGAAGGAUGCUGGAAGAGCGGUGGCUGCAGCUGUUCCAAGAAAUGGAGCUGCGCCACCAGGAACACAUGCUGGCUCAGCAAGAAGCACAUCAGCGACAGAUCCGACACAUUCAAGUUCAGAUUGAGCGAGAAAUGCUUCACCACCAGUUGAGGCAGGAUAGGCGGAUUGACAGCGGCGGGAAAAACAGUUCUGGGAUUGGGUCUUCACGCGGGAGCCCCGCAAAGGAAGAGCAAUUUGUGAUCAAGCCUAUCGCAGAAAACCGAGCCAGACAAAGCAGUAGUGCCACAGAUAUUGCAGACAGCUUAGAAAAUGUUUCAAGGCAGACAAGUAGAAUAGAAGAUAACAGUCCAGAAUCAGUCGGAUACAACAAAAGUACACCUUUCCCCCAACAAAGUGUACCACAGAUGCAGGUUACUGAUGCUACUGACGAAGAUGAAGAUUUUCCCAGUGUUUCUACUACCAACACACCCAAAGCGAAGGAGCAUAAAUCAAAUGGACUACAUGGUCAGAGUGAGGUUAUUGCGGCACAGUGGCCAUUGCGUGAGCCCCCAAAAGACACUCAACUCACGAAACCGUUAACAACUUGGUCAAAGAGGCAACAAUCUGUUCAACAGAAAUCAAGAGACGAUCCAAAACCACCAACUGAUUCCAUUAAAGCAAGAAACGAAGAGGAAGAGGUAAACAAGUUUUAUCCAAGUGUGCCGUAUAGUCGAUACCCAGCUCACGAUGCACAGAUUCUAAAGAUAGGAGAGAACGGUUCUAUAACGGAAGAGUUUGUGCCAGCGGGGCCAGUGGAGAGUGUAAGUCCAUCUACAACAGUGUGCUCGGGAUUCUCGUACUGGAAGAUGGAUGAAAAUGAGUUGUACCAGAAGCUGCCGGAUGAUCUGACGUUAAACGAGGUGUCGGUAGAGUUGUCACCUCCACGAGGGGUAGUGCCAUCCCAGCCACUUCCUGAAAGGCACGCUCGUUCCCAGGGCACUGAGGGCCAAAGACAACCUCCUUCCCAGGGUCAACUGCCACCUGAUCCAAUGAAAGUUGCACAGAUGACUCCAGGUACAAAGUUGAAGACUGAGCUUCGAGAUAGGCAUGAAAAAAUGAAGGCUUACAUGGCGGACGUGGAUAUGACCUCUGACCCCACAGGAACAACCAAAGAUCCCUCCCUUACUGAGGAUCCAGUGGUCGCAUCAAAUAUUCGUGUUAACUUGCGCGAGAAGCAUGCCCGCCACAUGGCAGACCUACGGGCGUACUACGAGGAAGAGAUCACAGAACUCCACAGCCAGCUGGAGAGAGCCAAUAACCAGUCUCCUUACAAGAGACUGGAGGAUGGGAACAAGAGGCUGAGGGAGAGGUGUGAACACCUGGAGGAGACCUUACAGUCAGCCAAUGGUCGAAUCCAGGACCUAGAGGACACAGUACAGUCUAUGGAGCCCAAACAGCGCUCGCCCCCCUCCCCAAUUACAGCACAAAACUCCAGUCCAGUUGAACACAUCAUGAGUGAAAAUGAGCGACUGAGACAGAAGGUUGCAGAGUUGGAAAAGGCCUUAGCCGAUGCCAACAGACAUGCUGGAGAGUUGGAGUCCACUCUGUCAUCACUGGAGAAGUCUCAGGCCCAGCUUCAGAGCCUGAACAGUGUUACCUCCUCCCCCAUGUAUGCUGAACUGUUACAGGCCAACAACAGGCUCAAGUCCAGGUGUCAACAGGCAGAGGAACAGGCACAACAGUCUCAUGUCCGUAUCCACAAUUUGGAAAGCCAACUUCAUAGUCUCCAAGGAAAGUUGACAGAGUGGUCAGACCAUUACGAGAACACGACACGUACCGUGGAGGUUCUUCAGGACAGCCUGGAGCAGACGAGACGACAGUCGUCGAUGGACACUGACACUGUCCUCAAACUGGAGACCCGUAACAGGCAGCUAGAGAGGGAGAUGCAAGAAACACUGAAGGCUGAUGCUAUGAGAGCAUCUGCAAUUGAGAUUGAGCAAAACCUAAUGAAGAAGGUUGUAGAAGAAUAUGGAGCCUUGGGCAGAGAACACCAGAGCACCAAGGCUGCUUUAAAGGAGUCAGAAGACAAGCUGUUUGAUGCAAGGUCAGAGGUGGUGGAAAUGAAGAGGGCAAUAGGAAAGCUGGAGGUUCAGUUGAAGCAGGUUGAACAUGAGAACAACCUGAUGAGGGAGAAGGGCCUUUCUCCAACAGUCACACUUGCAGAAAUCCAGCAGAGCCUGAGUCAGUCGGGAGGGCGGUUCUCCUCCCCCACCGCCCGCCGCAGGUGGUUGGCUCCGAGCACCCAGCACAACGUGUUCACAGGCGAGCCACUGGACCGCAGUCCCUCCUACAUACACACUGCUCCACAGGAAACUGCACAGGAGGCAGAAGCAGAGCGCCCCCUAUCCCCAAUCAUCCAAGCUGCAAUAGAGCUGGACAGGAGGAAACAUGACACUGCACAACAGAGAUCUCCUAAACGGUAUGGCAGCGAUGAGACCUCUAGCGAAACACUGGACUCAGAGGAUGGGAGAAGAACAUAUAGGGAACCGAGAUACUCACCAAAGAGAGCUCGGCCAGGAACUCCUAAGAAAAACCAACAAACACAGACCCCACCCAAAACUGGACAGGGCAGAGUCACCGACAGACUCUCUGGAAAGCAGAAUAGAAGCCCAAAGAAAAGUCUGUCUCCCAAGUUCCAUUCUUUGGACAAAGAGAAUGACAGAGAAGCCAGAUUUGAUGUAGAAGUUCCCACCAGAGACAAUGGAGCAUCACUACGGAGAAACCUCCACUUUACUCCUCCAGCCACACAACGCAUGUCGGUGGACCCUCGCGUGGCAUCAGCAGUAGAAGCGGUGAAAUCCGGUACCGUCACGUCGCGCCCACAGUGGGAGAACAAACGCACUACACUAGCAGCUGAGAAGAAGACACCCAAAGGACCAUCUCCAGUGAGACCGCCCUAUGACACAGACGAUGCCAUGAGGGAGAGAAUGGCGAAGGUUCGGGAUGUGGAGAUGAGAUUUGAUGAGCUCAACGAGGAAAAGAGACAGUUGGAGUCCUCCCUAAGUCGUAUCCCCAGCUCGGGACCAAGACUCACCAGGCAGAUGAAGCUGGAUCAGGAAGCCCUCGAGGACAGGUUGGACAAAGUUGUGAAGGAGCUUGGUUCAGUGCGCAUGACCCUGAGGAGGUACAAUGUUCUACGUUCUUGAUUCACAGCACAUUCCGUGGACCAAACUUUAAGGUGCUUUGCAUUUUCCAGGUAAAGACUUACCCUUAUGCAAAAUGAACAGUUCUUAAAGGAAUUUUGCUGAACAUACUGUGACAGAUAACAGUCUUUAUAUGCCUUGGUGACAUUGAAAUCUUUCGAUCCUAGGGAUGGAGGAACCAGAAAUUAAUCUACUGUAAAUGCCUUUAAGUUUGGGGUGGUUUAAUUUUGUGGCAAGGAGAAUAUGCAAUGGUCAUGGUGGAUUUUAGGUUUACGAUGGUGCUACACUGCAGCCACUGCAAAAAACCCUAACAGAAAACCACAGCAAAAAUCUGUGGAUUUGCAGAGACUGAAUCUCAUAGAUUGAGGGAAAGGAGACAUUUGCUGUGUUUUAAGUUUGCACAUCUAAGUGGGAAAACUAAAACCAUGAAAAUAUCAGUUGUCAGCUUUGGACCCCACUGGGGUCAUGAUAGUAUGUAUCUGUAACUUGUUAUUGGUAGUGGCUAAUCCUUUUGAUUAGGAGUUCUUGAAGUAGAUGAUAAUAUGUGAUAAUAAACUGAAAUAGAUAAUUGAUAAGUGAGACCAGUUUUGAACAAAAUAGAAGUGCCUUUGGUGUUAUAGGGUAUUCCAUAACAGUACACACUCUCUGUUCCUUUUUUUAUAGUUGUAUGUUAUUACCAUAUGGGCUUACUUGUAUGAUGGUUAUCAGUAUUUGUUAGUUUCAGAAUUCAUGCUCAAAUAUUAUAUGCUUAAGUAUUAUAUAUGCAAAUCUGAUUGAAUAUUUCAGAAGGGUAUUAUUCAAAAUUAUGUUCUUAUUUCGUUAUCGCUGUAUAAUAUUGAUAUGACACAGUAACAAUGUAGCACUGUAGUAUUUCAGAAAAAAUGAUAUUGAACAUAGCAUAUUAAAUUUCAUCCUUUAAGUUUAUUAAUUUUGAUAUACAUAAUAUAACAUUAUUCAUAAGCAUGUUUAAAUGGCUAUUUGGUUUUUAGCAGUGGAGCUUUACAUGAAUAAAAUACAAGUUUCCU